AUGGCCGCCAUAAUUUAUCAAGCGUUGAUUGCACGACAAAUUCGGAGAGAAAGAAUAUUCAGAGACAGAUCGUAUUUGUUAGAGACACUGCAAGACAGUGAUUACAUUCCAAGAUAUCGAUUUCCUCGGACAACAAUAUUACAACUGACCGAUUUGAUAAGAGAGGACAUCGUGAGACCGAGUUGCAGAAGUCACCCCAUUCAACCACACAUUCAGGUGAUGGUUACUUUAAGAUAUUUAGCUAAAGGAGAUUUCUUGUCUGAAGUUGCAGACGUACAUGGCAUAUCAAAGUCAUCGGCAUCCAGAUGCAUAAACAGUGUAUGUGAUGCUAUGUGUCACAGACUUAAUAAUAUACACUUUCCACGUAACAAUGCUGAAGUGAGAGAAGUAAAAGAGAAGUUUUACUCGUUGGCAUCCUUUCCAAAUGUAAUUGGUGCCAUAGAUGGUACAUUAAUACCAAUUCAAGGUAUGACAGGAACUGAUGAAAAUCUGUACAUUUGUCGCAAAGGGUUCCAUGCUUUAAACAUCAUGGCAGUGGCUGAUGCAAAAAUGAGAUUCAUCAAUAUAAAUACAAGAUUCCCUGGUGCAUCUCAUGAUGCAUAUAUUUUAAUGAGUUCCAACAUUCACCGAAUGAUGGAGAACUUGCCAGAAGGAGGGUGGCUUGUUGGUGAUUCUGGAUAUCCAUUGAAAACAUGGCUGAUGACACCCCUCAUUCAUCCAACAAGUCACAAAGAAAUAUCAUACAACAGGGCACAUUGCAAAACAAGAGUCGUCAUUGAAAGGGCAUUUGGUGUCUUAAAAUCCAGAUUCAGAUGUAUCCAUAAAAGUGGUGGAGCAUUACCAUUUUCGCCGAAAAAAUGCUCACGAAUAAUUGAAACAACCUUCCGUCUGCAUAAUAAAGCAAUAAAUGAAAACAUUCCUCUGCUACAUGGUGGACAUAUACUGCAAAUAAACAACAACCACAUUUGCAGAAAUGUUCCUGACAGACAAGCACAAACAAUUCGCCAGCAACUAAUUGCAAGAUUUUAAAAGC